UGACCUAGCUGGCUGUUCUUCGAGAGAGCAGGUAGCGUCCACGAAGAAUGGCCGAGCCUGGGCCAGCCAGGUCCUCGCUAUCGAGGCCUCCUCUGGUAGACGCCGGCCAUCGCAUCAACAACAACGUGGCUCAUGCUACCCAUGCUGCUGGCAAGUCCCACAAGCUGCAAGGCGCCGAAUGCAGCGCAGUUCGAACGGAAACCAUUGAUGCACAGGGCCAGGGCCAAAAUGAUGGCGGCAGCGGCGUAGCUCGUAGCCAUGGUCCGUCGGAACCUCGAGCUCAUCCUCGCUCUGUCGAUGCAGCUGCCGCCUCCCUUGACCCAGCUGAACCCUGUCACCCUCGUGCUCGAGCCGUUCGAGAAGCCGAUCCUUCCAAGCGGGUAUCUCAGGCCUCACAAAACUCAGCGGCGCCCUCCAGUAACCGCAGCAGCGGAUGCAACUACAAAACCCAAAUUGGACCGUGGCAACUGGGCAAAACCUUGGGCAAGGGAUCGUCCGCCCGUGUCAGGCUCUGUCGGCAUCGCAUCUCGGGAGAGUUGGCCGCCGUCAAGAUUGUGCCCAAGAAAGCUGCCUACCUGAUUCAACAUGGAAGUCUGGCCGCGCUCCAUCAGUACGAUGAUAGUCUCCCGGACCGUAUCAACGGCGAAAUGCGCGUUCCUCUGUCUAUUGAACGCGAGGUGGCCAUUCUCAAGCUCAUCGAUCAUCCAAACGUUAUGAAGGUGUAUGACAUUUGGGAAAAUCGUUCCGAAAUUUAUCUCGUACUAGAGUAUGUCGACAAGGGAGACCUAUUCGACUACAUCAACACGUACGGUCGCCUGAACGAAGACGCAGCCAUGUUCUUCUUUCGUCAGAUUAUGAGUGCUAUGCAGUACUGUCACACUUUCAACAUCUGCCACCGCGAUUUGAAGCCCGAGAACAUACUCUUGACGUCCAAGAAUCGGAUCAAGAUUGCCGACUUUGGCAUGGCUGCCUUGCAUCAAUCCGAGGGCCAUCGUCUCGAGACUGCUUGCGGAAGCCCUCAUUACGCUGCCCCCGAGUUGCUCAAGAACAAACAAUAUCGGGGUGAUAAGGCAGACAUUUGGUCUAUGGGGGUCAUCCUCUACGCCAUGCUGGCCGCUAGCUUGCCCUUCGAUGACCCGGACAUUCGCAUCCUGCUGUCGAAGUCGAAAAGGGGCCUGUUUGAGAUACCCGAGUUCCUCGGUCUCGAGGCCAAGGAUCUCAUCCGCCGCAUGCUCCAAACCGAUCCGGCGACCCGGAUCACCCUCAAAGAGAUGUGGCACCACCCCUUGGUCCAGAAGUAUGACCACCUGGACGAUCUGGGGAAUAAUGGCGGGCAGCCGCCUGACAUCCGCGAGGGAUUCGAUUACAACCCGCUGCGACCACAGGAGGUUGAUCCGCAUCUCGUCCGGCAACUGCGCUCCCUCUGGCACAUGUACACAGAGCACCAGAUCAAGCUCUUACUCAUGGAUUCUUCGAAAAACGACCAGAAGUUGUUCUACUGGCUUCUCCACAACUAUCGCGAAAAGCAGCUCGAGAACUUCCUGCCUGAACUCGCCCAAUCUCCCAGCGACUACCACCACCUCCACGAACCAGCCUGGAAGAAGCGUGUGUCGACUUGUGAGUUUAGCCAGCCGCGAGCUCAUGGGCUUGGACGGAGCAUUUCGAGAUUCACCGUUAUUUCCAACGUCCCCGAUGAUACGGACACCAAUACGGUCAAGAGCUAUGACCCCUACAAUUCCGACCGUCCCAUGCGUCACAACUCCCAGGCGAGCCAUGCGAAGAUCAUCAUCCACCGCAAGAACCAGGCGAGCCGUGGUUCUGAGCGAGUGCAGCUCUCGAGGGCAGGAACUCGAAGCAGCGGACAGGGACAACACGGUAGAAUGAGCUCCCAGAGGUCCACUGCCACUGGUCGGCUACAAUCCCCCGUCAACUCAAUGAGUUCUCUGCACAGCCGCCAGGGGGCGCAGUUUACCCGGCCGGCUCCUCGGCGGAAGCGCGGCAUUGACUUCACGCAUGUCCGUCAACAGUCGACGGACCAACGUCGCAGCCAGAAUACGCGUCAAAAGCCGGACAGCGCUGCAGGCGACGGUUGGAAUGAGCACCCGCAUCCGCACCCGCACCCGCACCCGCACCGGCGCAGACCCGACAGAACUGCGGCAUGCCCCGGAAGCCCCUCAAUGCGAAAAGGGCCGACGGGGAAGGACGGGCCGAUGCUGAAGAUUGUCAAGCCUCGAGAUCCCCACGCCAUCGUCAACGAAGAAGUGCGCAAUUUCUCCAACAGCAUCGCCAAGGAUUGCGAUGAAGCCUUCAACGGAUCUAUGAUCGAGUCGGACAUCAGUGAGCUUGCCAUAAGCGAAAUGGGAGGAGGUGAGCGGGACUCCAGCCCGUUCUCCUUCAACAUGGGCACCCCGUCCAUCGCCUUCCCCCCGCCUGCUCCCUCCAGCUGUCAUCCGUGGGAUACGCGACCACUGCCCCCUCUGCCGGCCGAGAGACCAGCUUCUCCCGAACCCGCCAGCCCCCAACUGGAGAAUCAACAACAUGAUCACCACAAGGAAGGUGUCAGCAAGGUUUUCCAUCACGUCAACCGUCUUGCUCUGCCGGUGCUUUUGCCCAAGCAGGAGCGCAGAGUUGUUUCGGCACCUGCCUAUGCACACAUCGGUAAAGGAACCACUAGGCUCCCUUCCAUUGGAGAAAAUGGACAGGCUGUCGCUCGACCUCUCUACCAGGAAGAGGUGGACAGAGCCCGUAUCGUGUCUGCACCUCCCCCUAGGACGCCCGGCGGCCAGGCUGAUGCGGCGGGUCUCGACUACUUGUCGCGGGUCCGUGACACUAUUCGAGUAGUCGAUUCUCCCUCGGCGACCAACCCCGUGCCCAAGCCGUUGAACGUGCGAAAGAAGUAUCCGGGACAUCCUACAGCCAGGCGCUUUUCGACAGACGCUAGCCAGGCUUAUUAUAUGCACGGUGCCUCCUCGGACGGCUGUUCGUACACGACUUCUGUUCCUCCUUCGCAGCAAGAAACGGCGAAGAAGAAGUCGAGUUGGUUUAAGCGCUCGUCGAAGGACAGCGAGCGGCGGACGUCGGGUUUCCAGAGCGAGGGCACGCGCGAUUCUCAAGACACCCGCCAUUCCCCCUCUACAUUGAGCAUGGCCACGCAUUCGACGGCAGAUGACGACCACAAUUCCGAUAUCGCGGCGCCCCCGAUCCCGAUCCCGGCCAAGAAGAAGAAUUCGUUCGGCUUCCUUUUCUGGAAGAACAGCAAGAUGGAGGAUCCUCAUAUGAGCAUCGCGGGCCCAGACUACGAGGAUUCCCCCUCGCCCGAGUCUGUUCGGGCAGCGUCCGGCAGAGAUAAGUGGCAGUCUCAACGCAGCCUGUCCAGCUCAGAGUCGGGUACGCGCAACAUCGAGGUGCAUCGAAACUGGCUCGCGCGGCUGUUUGGCGUAAAACCGGCGAAGAGCCACAUGUGUCUCGUCGUAUCUCGCAAGCGUGCACAGCAGGAAAUCGUCAUGGUGCUCAAGGACUGGCGUCGAUACGGCAUCCGAGACGUCCAGGUUGACAAAGAGCGGAAUAUCGUGUUCGCACGGGUUGGUCCGAAAAAUUACUUGGACAUCAAAGAGGUGUCGUUUGCUAUCGAGAUCAUGACGGUAAUUGAGCAUGGCAAGCGAGGGCCGCUGAGCAUUGUCCGAUUCACGCAAGAGCGAGGAGCUGCCAGCAGCUUCCACAAGGUGGUGGACACUCUCAAGACGGUGUUUGCGUCCCGUAACCUGGUCGUGACGGACAAGCGCAAGGCGAAGAUGAUGGUUAAGACGCUUAAUUCGUGAAGGCGACGGAGACGAGGAUGGGGUGGGUGCUACUAACAACGAGGAUACGGCGUUUCGUGAGGAUCAGUCGAGGGCCGGCGUUAUGGGAAUCUCGGUAUUGCUUUUCGUCUCUUCUCUUCUUCUUUUCCUUGCACUGGCACUGAUGGAACCGGCUCGGAGCCAUCACU